GACCUACAGUGUAUAAGGCUCAUAUAUAACCACAUACUACAGUAGGUCUAUAUACUUUUCAUGUCGUGAGGUACAAAAGGUCGUAGGCCCUACUGUAUAUGCAAUCUGUAAUCAUUUUUAUUGACAGGCCUAUUAGGUGAUACAAAUCCAGGGACAGUCGGAAGAAGAUUUUAUUGUCUGCUCCCUCUCCUUUCUACUCGCAAUGAUUGGACUUUAGACUAACAAACCGCCGCAAACACAAUAGUUAGCUGAGCACGUGGGCUCGAAGACUACGAUGUUUUGGCCCGAAGUCAAUGGCGAAAGGCUUGCAGAACCGUUUAAAAGCUCGGUGGAAGUUCUUGAAACCACGACGGAAAAGGCAAGACACCAUUGGAGUCGCACGAGGUCUGAUAGCCAGCUUCAAGGGAGAUGGUGGUCAAUCCGUACCAUGUACUUCAUCACGUUUUGCGAGGGAUUCUCCAACUCCAUUAUUCUCACUUCAUUGUGGUCCUACUUGAAAGCAAUUGAUGACGAUGUUGACCCUACCAUAAUGGGCCAGAUGACAGCUACCCAGGGAUUUGUAGCGUUGCUGUCCUGUGUGGCUUGUGGUAUUAUCAGCGGCCGAGUUGGAUGCAAAAUACCGCUUAUAUUCACCACAAUCACUGCUAUCUGUUCCAAUGUAUUCUACAUAUUCCCCAACUUUACAGGAAACAUUGCAUUGUUGUUUAUAUCCAGAGGAUUGGCCGGGUUGUUUGCAGGUUGUCUGGCCAUUACAAGGGUGUACUUGUCUGCCGGUACUACUAUGCAAGAACGAACUAAAGCCACAUCUCACCUAGUUGCCUCGCAAAUGAUUGGGUUCACCGUCGGACCGAUUGUACAGAUGAUCUAUGUUCCUGUUGGUGAAGAAGGAUUUGGAGUCGCCGACCUACGCUUCAAUGUAUACACCCUACCGGCGGUAACCAACAUAUUGCUGGCUAGCAUAGCGUUUAUUUGCGUCAUUUUCAUAUUCAAAGAGGUACAUAUCGACGACGUCCCCCAAAGCGAAAUGGUUCACUUAACUCACUCAGGAAAAAAACAAUCAGAGAAGUCUACUAGAUUGUCGUGGUUUUCUGGGCUUGAUAUCAUUGGAACGGUAUUCCUUAAUGUACAGUUUGCUGCUAUCGUGUUUACAUUUGGAGUAAAAUCAACGGUUGCGGCGGCUUAUGGAAUGCACAUACUCGGAUGGAGUCGACAACUAGCAACAAAAAACUUUGGGAUGAUAAUGUUCGCUUUAGCUGGUACCGCAAUUGUUGUUGUCAUGGUAUUAGGAAAAUUAUCAAAACGGAUUCGUGAGCGUGUUUUCGUAUUAAUUGGAAUGGCGUUACUUCUUAUCAGCUCUGUCUUGACCAUCCCGUUUGGUCCUGGUACACCUAAAAGACCAACAAUGGGUUUCAAUGACACGUCUGAGCAUGCCGGUGAAGGCGGGUGUCCUUGGAAAUAUACAUGGUGUGAUUCUACCCCUGCAAUCCCGUUACCUCAGUAUGUCAUUGCUUUGGCCAUCCAGGCUGUUGGGUAUCCCAUGUUCCAAAGUGCAACAACUUUCAUAUAUGCAAAGUCUUUGCAUCCCAAGCAUCAGGGACUUGGUAUGGGUGUAUUUAGUGCCAUGGGAAACAUUGGAAAACUGUUAGGUGCUCUUUAUGGUUCAAUUGUAUAUUCAGCGUAUGGUGCACGACUGGCGUUUGGUUCAACAGCUAUCGUGAUAUGUUUAAUUGGAGUUGGCAAUAUAUCACUUUACUCCAGAUUUAUCCCAUACACUGAACGAAAUCGAGGAAAGGAUGACGAACAAUUUAUUUAGAAGACACGAUGUGAUUAAUAAUAUGUCGAUGUGCAUACUGCUCAAUGAAUGGUCGAGUCUGGAGGACGGAGAAAACCGGCAGCUUACAGUCCAGUCUUUAAAUUUGAGCAGCUAGGGUCAGGCUCAGCUAGGGUCAGGCUAUUUCAGCCGAACGAAGUGACUUGCCGAUCAAGUUUUCUAGUACUCUCGACCGUGACGCGAUGAGGCAUCGCGCAACUGACGAUCCGCUAGGCCUACGACCCGUCGGACAAGCACUCAACGUCGCUACGACGGUUGGCAGCUGCAGGGUUCAGCUAACUUUCUCUUUUUAUUUCAACCUCGGGAUAAUGUUACACUAAAACUAUAUAGGCCUAUAGAAAUAUUCUCAUAUCAAUAUUGUUUAAACAAUCAGACUAAACUGAUCAUCUCUUAAUUUUUCGUAUUAUUAUAAACACGUUUGGGUUAUUUUCUAAUCGUUUUACGUCUUUAAGACAUAUAUUACUCUGCCAUAAGCCCAGAAUAAACAACAAAAUAGAUCAUGAUGAUCGUGUAUCGCCUACAUCAUCAUGUAGGCAUAUAGGCCGGCUCAGCAUUUUCAAAGGAUAAAUGGUUUACUAGAUACGGCGUUACAUUUUGACACGUAAAAUCUGCUAAUUAACAAUAAUGUCAUAGGACUUGACCCUUGAAUGGGGUGAGACCCUUCGCGUGUAAGCUAGAACACGAUGUUUUACUGUGGUAUUAAUUGUGAUGUUAUACUUUUUUGUAAUCAAUUAUUGCUCUAAAGCACAAUAAAAU